AUCUUACAGAUGUACAGUUUGAGGAAGUUUUAUUUGAUUUUCUCGGAAAUUUGCAAUAGCUGACAGUCGUUAUACCACGGUAUUUACUGUUGCUUUUCAUCACUGGACGUUGACAGUUUUACGCAAAUUACGGUACGGUACUUCCGCGUUUAGCAUACAGUUAGCAACGGAGUUGAGUGGACCAUCUGAAUACAAUUUCAGUAAAGCAUGGAAGAAGACCUUGCUCUGGGCAGACUGGUUGCCCAAAGGAGGCAGAGGCCAGUCUUUGCCCGCCUGAUCUCCUGGGAAAUCACACCGCAUGAAGCACCUGGAGGAACAACAAGUGACCAGGUCUCAAACUCAGACAGCGCUGGAGAUGCUUCAUCAGAAAACGAAGCAAAGGGAGAUAACUCCAACGACAGCGAUGAAUCAGAGUAUUAUUCUGCUGAAGAAAGAACAAGUUUAUCUGACAGUGAUACUGACCUCUUGAAUCAGUCUACAGAUUACGAGGCUAUAGGUGAAGCAGCCUCAGUGUCUUCUGACAAUACAGACAGUGUGUUUGACAGUGUUGACACCAAUUCAAACCAAACACAGGUGGGAAGAAAUCGAGCUCCAAGUAAGAAACAGAAAAAGAGACGGAAAGAUAGAUUAAAAAAGCAGUCAAUCUUAUAUGCUGACUAUGAUGCUCCAUUUAGAAAUGUUGAAAACAUUGACUUCGAAGUUGCAGAUCUUGUUGGUUAUUCUGAUGAAAACUCGCGUCCCAACAUCCGAAAUGUGCCGACAUUGUUUGAGUUAUGUAUUUGUUCAAUUUCAACCAAGGGCACCCGUCAGAAACAACAAUCGACAAGCAGCAUGCCUCGUCCCAUGAAACAUGUUUUGUAUGAGAGAAGGAGAGACCAGGCCUUUACAAGCAUUCAACUGUCAUGGCUGUAUCGUCUCCUUGCCUACAUUGAAAAACAGGAGGCAGCUUGUAAAAGUACAUGUACGUUAAAGGCUCGAAACAUCUGGAAUGAUGAUUUCUGUGCUGAUGGAGAUUACGCUGGUGGUGAAGUCACAUCAAUAUUACCAUAUUCCUAUAUUAACUACAAGCGGAGUUAUUAUAGUCAUACGGGAUGGCAUCAUACAUUUUACAGAUUGUCAGUGGUGGCGAGUGUGAUAGAGAUUAUGCUACCUCAGCAUAUUUCUGCCGGCCGUCUCCGUCACUCGUCCCGAGACUGCAGCUCGGAGUCCCAGCUCAUCCAGAAAGCCACUGAUGCCACGGUCUCCUCUGUGAGGGAAGUUCUUAAGAAAAGAUACCCAGCUGUGGUUGAGGUCUUCUUUGACAAAGCACUGCCCUAUGUGUUCUGGGCUCGAGGAAACUUGAAGUUUGCUGCUGAAUGUUUUGUUAGACUUGCUCUAACUAAUGAAGAUAAUGCCAGAGCUAUGCUGUUAAGCGAGGCAGCAAGACUCUAUGCUCAGAACGAGGAACCACAGAAAGCGUCUCGACUCCAUAUAGAAGCCUCUGAUACCAUUGUGCCAAAGUCAAGGUCACUGAAACUGGAUAAAGAUGUCCUCCUCCAGCAGUUCACAUUGAUGGCCAGUGUGUAUGAUCAAGGUGUGAUGACACCUGAGAAAGCCACACUGGCAGCUGGGGCCUGGGCUGCUGCCAUCAAGUACAUGCAUCCUACAUGUCCUUGGAGCUCUGGGAUCCAGGCUGUGGAGUCUUUCCUGUGUUUUCACGCUGGAACAGCACAAGAGAGUGUUCAGGAUCACCUUCAGAAAUCUGUGAAGCUGAUAGAGAGUCUGGUGGGGCAGUAUGGGAUCUUCCUGCUCCAUCUGUCACUGGUGAAGGCUCUGCUGGGUGCAACUCGGGAGUCUCUCAGGGCCUUCUCUUCUGCCCUUACAAGUGGAAUGCUGGAAAUACCAUCAUCACUGAGAGGUAACUCUCGCAAACACACUCCAUGGCAGCCAGUCCUUGACCUUGUUGCUGAACAUGGACCUCCAAAAUUUCUCAAGGUCAUAUGGAGAACACAGCUUGGUCAUCUUCGGAUUGUCAAUAACAAGAAUUCCUUCGAGAGUGACUACCAAGCUAAGGACCUCAACCUGAGACUGACAGAUGCUGGCUUCCUGACGGCUGAUCUGCAGAUGGUGCUGCCCCCUAUCCGAGCCCUCAACUUGGAUCCUUACACAGGGCUCCAACUCCAUACGUCAGGGCUGACCUUCAGGUGGCACUCCCUGCCCUACAUGCAGACGCAGAAUGGUGCACGCAACAGAAAUGGACUACACACAGUACCAACAUUGACCGAGGUGUAUCGUGACCCUGUAAAUGAAACAGUCAUCUACCUGUUGAGUCCGGACUCACGCUUGCUUGCUGAAGACAAGCAUGUUGAAAAUAGCAGACAGAUUACUUUGUUCUGGAGGGCAGCUGGAGGUCAAAGGGCAAAGCUCAACCUGAUACCAUUUGUCAAGGAAGUGUACAGGAAGAAAGUAAUAGACUACAUAACAGCCUCCAGAAAUCGUAUAGAUGGCGCCAGCUGGAAGGAGAAGAUGAAGAUGUCCCUAGAGUACUGCUUUGUGAAGGGCUACAAUUUAUCAAAUCAAGUAGUGGAGGCGGUAAUGGAGAAGAAAUGGAACAAAAUUGUCGAAUUUAGUGAAAAAUCAAGCAAAAAAUCAAAUCUUUCAAAAACAAAGAAAAAAGAUGAGACAGGAAAGAAAAAGGCACCUUGCCUCUAUGAGCCCCAAGAUUUUAGCCUCCUGCUUGAGGAGUGUUUUGCCUACAAGGACACUCUCUAUCUAGCAGUCUGGGAUGAUCGCACGUCAAAGAGGGUUCAAGUGUUUGUAGACUGUACCAACAAGGCCAGCUUCUUGGAGCCGGUAGUGACGAUGGACCACUCCUAUGACUCCUACAACGAUGAAGGGGACCCCAAGCUGUGCAGCGUGCACCAGACGAGGACCAGUUGGAAGCAGCACACUCCUCAAGAAGACAUCAUGUGGCACUUUGGGGUGGAGAAGGAAACCAAUCAAAGGAAGCAGUUUGUAUUUGGCAAGAAAGGAGAGUUGCUAAAGACCAUCUCAGAUAAUCAAAUGGAGGAACCACAUGUUCUCGGGAAGAAGCUCUAUGGCCUCACAGAUAACAAACUUAGAGUCCGAUGUGAUCCUAUCACUGCAGAUGAGGUUUUGAGUGAAGAGUUUCCUGUAAUAAAAACUCUCCUGUUUGGAGGAAAUACAGUCAUGGCUGUAACAGACAAUGCCAUCUUCUUCCUGCAUCCUGACACACUACAAACCCUGACUGUUACCAAGCAACAGGACAGCAGCAGCCUGGAGGUGAGUGAGGACGGCUGCUACAUCAGCUUCCUGCCAGGAUCUCCAGUUAGGAUACUGGAGCAGAAAAAACUGGAGGAGAGGACCAGACUCACGGUUGGCAUCAGUGCAAUACUGAUGUUUGUGGAUGUCACAGACGAUGCUGUGGAGAUUGUCAUGGACCUUUUGGUUCCUGGAGUUGCUGUGGAAUGUUAUUCCAUAAGUGGACAUGGUGAGUUUCUAGUGUCAACGACUCUGCAGGAGGGGGGCAGUUUCUACAGAGAGCAUGUGUUCCACUAUGACCGUCACGGGAAGAUCCUGGGGGUGCUGCCCUUCCUUGGACCAGGACCAAGAUGUUUCUGUGUGGAGUACUUGAAGGGUCCGGUGGAUGAGACAAAUGCAGAUUCUGAGUGUGGCAGAGCAGGCUGGCAUGUCUUUCUGAGAGAUGGCCAUGAGGGGAUUAUAGGUGUACGCCUGUGAAUAACAGGAACUGUCACAGACUGGCCAUGAGGGGAUUAUAGGUGUACGCCUGUGAAUAACAGGAACUGUCACAGACUGGCCAUGAGGGGAUUAUAGGUGUAUGCCUGUGAAUAACAGGAACUGUCACAGACUGGCCAUGAGGGGAUUAUAGGUGUACACCUGUGAAUAACAGGAACUGUCACAGACCGGCCAUCUGGAGAUUAUAGGUGGGUGUCUGUGAAUAACAUGAACUGUCACAGACUGGCCAUCAGGGGUUUAUAGGUGUACACCUGGGAAUAACAGUAACUGUCACAGACCAGCCAUCAGGGGAUUAUAGGUGUACACCUGGGAAUAACAGGAACUGUCACAGACUGGCCAUCAGGGGUUAUAUGUGCAUGCCUGUGAAUAACCGUAACUGUCACAGACUUGCCAUCAGGGGAGUAUAGGUGUACGCCUGUGAAUAUCAGGAACCUUUGUAGAUUGUCUGUCAUUGGAUUAUUGUGGCAGACUGUGUUAGAAGGGCAUGCAGUGUGCACACACAUUCAUUUGGCUUGUAAUACCUAAUUUAGAUAUCCCUGCAUGUUUGGCCAGUUAAUAAUAUGUUCCUGUUUCUCGUGAUGUUUCCCAAAGCUGACUGAGAAGGGAGGGAGGUAUUUAUUUGUUAAUAUUACAUUUGAAAUCUAUUAAGGUAACUUGGGUUUAACAUACCACAUGAUUGUUCUUUUAUGGACAUCAAGGUAUAAUCACUGAACAAAGUGGACAUGUUGUGAUAAAUUAUGGAUUAUCAUGACUUUUUGCUGCAUCUUUGAAGUGUUUGAAGACGUUUUCAUCUUUAAUAUUUAAUGUUAAUUUUGUGGAUUCUUUCUUUUCUUGUUUGUACUUUUUUUUAUUAACACGUGGAUUUGUUUUACAUGUACUUAUCAUCAUUCAAAGAAAUGGCUCAAAGAUCACAAAAGUAUUUCAAGGUAGUCAUGCUGUGUCAGACAGAAGGGGGAAAUGUUCAUGUGGGAGUUAUGGCCCUUGUUCCAUGCUUUUCAAGUUUGUGCAUUGUGUGUGAAAUGGGGACAGGUUUUAUCAGAAACUACUGAAGUAACUUGAAUGCAAGUUUGCAUGGCUUAUCUUAGAGAUACUUUUCAAGACUGAGUUUGAAAAAUGGUCCAGUAAAUUAUGUUUUUGAUAGAGUUACAGCCCUUGAUCCAUGUAUAUUACUUAGUGCAAAGUGUCUGGGGACUAGGUUUCUCAGAAACUAGUGAAAUUAUUUUAUCUAAGAGAUAUUUAUCAAAAUAUUUUUUCCGGAAAAGGGGCAUUUUGUGUGUAUUAAUUUUACAUUUAAUCAUGUUUUCUGGUGACGUAAAGCAGCACAAGUUCAACAAUAUUGUAAUGUGCCCCAUGGGGGCAGGGGGAUGUGAUAACACUGUUUUUUUGUUGCAAAGAUUCUACCCACUAGUUGUUAUCAUGCAAUGAUUUUUUUAAUCCAACAUGUACAUGUAUUUAAAUUGUAACAAUAAAAUCAUGAAAUUGUC